GUCUUUACACCAGGCGCAGAAAUGUGGCGUUUGUGGAAGUUAUUACCCAGUAGUGUUAUUAACUAAAUUAUUGUUUUCUUUAAUUUAGUAUAAACACACAACGUAUACAUAAUUAUCUUGUAUCGAAACAAUUACUCGUCACAGGCAAAUCAUGUAAAUGGUAUUCAUAUAGUAAAUGUGUUUUUGUUUGGUGCUUCAUUAUUUAUCAACUAUCUACACGUCGAAAUAUGACAUGCUCCAGUCUUCGAUCAACAAACACGCUAGCUACUUCUCAAAAUGGUAGUGAAACGGUUUUUUCUUAUAUAUCUCCUAAGCGGUUUAUGCGAAGCUAGGAGUGAGAGACACGGAAAGCACAAGAAUGACCACGGCGAUAAAAUGUUGUGGAAAAACGAAUAUGAAAAUGAAUUAACCAACGCAAUGAUAAAUUCGAAGAAACAUCGAAAUUAUACUCGGGUCCCACAAUCAACAUCCGACAGUGAAAUGGUGUUAGAAAAGUUGUUGGAAUCAAUAACAUCUAGUGAAAAAUAUUUAAAGAAAGUUGAUAGCAUAGAUUUCAGACUAAAUAGGUUAGAUAUAGAGGUACAUGAAAAAUCUAAUAGUAUUCUUAAAUACUUAACUGAGAUCUUAAAAACUGUCCAGAAUUCAGGAUACUCAGAGAAGAUGGAACCGGAAUUAGAUAAAAUAAAGCAAGAUAUAAGUCAUAUAAAAAAUAUAUUUGAUAAGAAUCUACGCGCGAGUGAUAAGGUUGAAGGGACCGAGUACCAAAUGGAAACGUCAUUGGAUAAUCGAUUGACAUUUUUGGAGAGUCAUAUGAAGAAUAUAAUGGCUAGUGUCGAAUCAAUUGCCUCGAUUAUAUCCGAAGUGAAGACUCGACAGAAUACAAGAACUGUAGUCAGGCCAGACGCAACCGGUUCUUUGGAAACAAUUGGACUAAUUUCAGAAUUUAGAAGAGCAUUACAGGAACAGAAGUCGAGAAAAUGUGACUGCAAGAUUGGUAGAGUGGAUCGCAUAGAAAGAUAUCCAACCGAUUGCCAGGAGAUUCAAAUGCAGGGCUUCAAUGUGUCUGGGAUUUAUAAAAUUAGACCCGAUGAUAUGGAGCCUUUUUACGUCUUAUGUGAUCUUAGCAGUGCGGGCGGUGGCUGGACGGUUAUACAAAAUCGAUUUGACGGGUCCCAAGACUUCUUUAAAACAUGGUCAGAUUAUAAGUAUGGGUUUGGUAACCUGGCAGGUGAGUUUUGGCUCGGCCUCGAGAAACUGAACUAUCUCACGAAUCAGAAACUCUACGAAUUGAGAAUUGAAAUGGAAUCUCAAACCAGCCAAGAAACUUUCGCAACAUUUUCCGUGUUCACUGUUGGACCUGAACAUGAAGGAUACAGGAUCAGUACUUUAGGCACUUAUAGAGGAAACGCAGGCGAUUCUUUGUCAUACCACGCGGGUCAGAAGUUUUCCACUCCCGAUGUGGAUAAUGAUGAGUGGAAGGAUGGGACCUGCGCGGUAGAACAUGGUGGAGCGUGGUGGUACAAGGAAUGUGAUAAGAGUAACUUGAAUGGCAAGUAUUCCCCUCCUGAAGAUCACCAUGGCCAGUCGAUAUACUGGAUUUCGUUCAAGGGGCCUAGUUCACCACUUGCCAAGACCCGCAUGAUGAUCAGACCGUUACCUGCCAGCAGACCUACAGAUUUCACUGAUCAAUCUAGGAAAAUUAUGGAAACUUCCAAAACAAAACCAUUGGACAAGCAAGCAGCGCGUAAAGAAAAUUAUGAUACUCGCCACCCUCCCUACCGUUAUGAGGACAACCUUCGAGCCGAGGGCUUCUUUCCGACCUACGCUUAAUUUUAAGGAAAAAUGAUUUAGUUAAGUGUUGAAUUAUUGAAAUUUGACGCAACACUCGGUUUAUAGAAAACAUGUGUUUUAUUUAAAAACAUAUUUCAAUGAAUUAUUGUUUGAACUAUUAUUAUGUUAUAUAGGAAGGCGUUAUCUCUAACAUACUUUUAAGAUAAAAAUCAAGCAUUUUUCAUAACACAGGAUUUCUCUCAAUUCAAUAAUGUUUAAUAAAAAUUGUAAGAUUGUCUUAUCAAAGAAAUUUAUUAAGAAAAAUCUGACGUUUUACACUAUUCGCUUACCGUAAUUAAGUUCGUAAGCCGCUUGAUUACCUUUGUGAUUUCAUUAUUAACUUAUAAAUAAUUUUUAUAGUAACAUGCACUGUUUUUGUUGUAUUCGUCCAUACUAAUAGUUGUAUUAUUAUAUUAAUUAAAAAAAAAAGAAUUCUUUAAAACGUAGUAGAUUAAGGUAGUUAGAUGGGUCCACCGCGAUACUGUUAUUACGCUGUAAUAAAUUUUGAUAAACAGCUAAGGUAUUGAUAUAUUAUAUACAACAUUAUUAACGACUUAUCUAUUUUAUUUAUACCCAUCGCAAAGAUCUUUCUUUGCUUGUAAAGUAACUUGUAAGUAUUUAAUAUUACACUGCAUAAAUCAGAGCAUAUACAUUUUAUA